AGGACGCAGCCACGGGGAGGAGCGGUGUACACCGAGAGGACAUGAGCAGUGAGCGAUCAAUGAAGGUGCCCGCAAAAAUAAAAUAGGCUUGAAAGCAUUUGAACACCCAGUACAUAGGAGAACAACGAGGGGGUAGCGCUCUGCGUAAGGGCUAUUCCCCCUCUAUUAUAAUAUUUCUUCCUGCUGUGAGAAAGAUCGGGCUACCUCUUUGAAAAGAUGGGCAACCGGGGAAUGGAAGACCUGAUUCCUCUGGUAAAUAAACUCCAGGAUGCCUUCUCCGCUAUCGGACAAAAUGCCAACCUGGAUCUCCCCCAGAUCGCCGUUGUCGGAGGUCAGAGUGCUGGAAAAAGCUCGGUGUUGGAGAACUUCGUGGGGAAGGACUUCCUGCCCCGUGGAUCUGGCAUUGUUACCCGCCGCCCCCUAGUGCUGCAACUCAUCAACUGCCCCACAGAGUAUGCAGAGUUCCUUCACUGCAAGGGGAAAAAGUUCAUCGACUUCGAUGAGGUGCGGCAGGAAAUCGAGGGCGAGACGGACAGGAUCACUGGGCAGAACAAGGGCAUCUCCCCAGUGCCCAUCAAUCUGCGCGUGUACUCUCCUAAUGUCCUCAACCUGACUCUGGUAGACCUGCCAGGGAUGACCAAAGUCCCCGUGGGUGACCAGCCGGCCGACAUCGAGAGCCAGAUCAAGGAGAUGCUGAUGCAGUUUGUGACCAAGGAGAACUGCCUGCUGCUGGCCGUGUCUCCUGCCAACUCUGACCUGGCCAACUCCGACGCCCUGAAGAUCGCCAAAGAGGUGGACCCACAGGGUUUGCGUACCAUUGGUGUGAUCACUAAGCUGGAUCUGAUGGAUGAGGGGACUGAUGCUCGAGACAUCCUGGAGAACAAGCUGCUGCCACUGCGCAGGGGGUACAUCGGGGUGGUGAACCGCAGCCAGAAGGACAUCGACGGAAAGAAGGACAUCACGGCGGCCAUGGGGGCGGAGAGGAAGUUCUUCCUCUCUCACCCGGCCUACAGGCACCUGGCCGAGCGCAUGGGCACGCCCUACCUGCAGAAGGUCCUCAACCAGCAACUGACCAAUCACAUCCGAGACACCCUGCCUGGCCUCCGUAACAAGCUGCAGAGCCAGCUGCUCUCCAUUGAGAAGGAGGUGGAGGAGUACAAGAACUUCCGCCCCGAUGACCCUUCCCGAAAGACCAAGGCCCUGCUGCAGAUGGUCCAGCAGUUCGCGGUGGACUUUGAGAAGCGCAUCGAGGGCUCCGGGGACCAGAUCGAAACCUACGAGCUCUCAGGCGGAGCCAGGAUCAACCGCAUCUUCCACGAGCGAUUCCCCUUCGAGCUGGUCAAGAUGGAGUUCGAUGAGAAGGAGUUGCGCAAGGAGAUUAGCUAUGCCAUCAAGAACAUCCAUGGCAUCAGAACUGGUCUCUUCACUCCGGACAUGGCCUUCGAGACCAUCGUGAAGAGACAGAUCGGGAAGAUCAAGGAGCCGUGUCAGAAGUGUGUGGACAUGGUCAUUUCUGAGCUGGUCAACACCGUCAGACAGUGCACCAAAAAGCUGGCCCAGUACCCCAUGCUGAGGGAGGAGAUGGAGCGGAUCGUCACCCAGCACAUCCGCGACCGCGAGAGCCGCACCAAGGACCAGGUGAUGCUGCUGAUUGACAUUGAGCUGGCCUACAUGAACACCAAUCAUGAGGACUUCAUCGGCUUCGCCAAUGCCCAGCAGAGGAGCAGCCAGAUGAGCAAGAAGAAGGCUUCUGGGAAUCAGGAUGAGAUAAUGGUGAUCAGGAAGGGCUGGCUUACCAUCAACAACAUCGGCAUCAUGAAGGGCGGAGCCAAGGAGUACUGGUUUGUGCUGACUGCGGAGACCCUGUCCUGGUAUAAGGAUGAUGAGGAGAAGGAGAAGAAGUACAUGCUGCCUGUGGACAACCUGAAGCUGAGGGAUGUGGAGAAGGGCUUUAUGUCCAGCAAGCACAUCUUUGCGCUGUUCAACACUGAGCAGAGGAACGUGUAUAAGGACUACCGUCAGCUGGAGCUGGCCUGUGAGACCCAGGAGGAGGUGGACAGCUGGAAGGCUUCCUUCAUGCGUGCCGGAGUCUACCCAGAACGCAUCACGGAUAAGGAGAAACAGAGUGACACUGGAGAGGAGAAUGGGUCUGACGGCUUCAUGCACUCCAUGGACCCUCAGCUGGAGAGGCAGGUGGAGACCAUCCGCAACCUGGUCGACUCCUACAUGGCCAUCGUCAACAAGACUGUGCGCGACCUCAUGCCCAAGACCAUCAUGCACCUGAUGAUCAACAACACUAAGGAGUUCAUCCACGCGGAGCUGCUGGCGAACCUGUACUCGUGCGGGGACCAGAACUCCCUGAUGGAGGAGUCGGCGGAGCAGGCCCAGCACCGCGACGAGAUGCUGCGCAUGUACCACGCCCUGCGCGAGGCUCUCAGCAUCAUCGGCGACAUCAGCACCACCACCAUCUCCACCUCCAUGCCCCCGCCCGUCGACGACUCCUGGCUGCAGGUCCAGGGCGGGCCGUCCGGCCGCAGGUCCCCGAUGUCCAGUCCCACUCCUCAGCGCAGGGCCCCCCCGGGACCCCCCGGCCGCCCUGGAUCUCGAGGCUCUGCCCCCGGACCCCCCCCUGCGGGGGCACCCCCGGUGCCCUCACGCCCGGGGGCCUCCCCGGACCCCUUCGGAGGACCUCCCCCUCAGGUCCCCUCCAGACCCAACCGCGCCCCACCCGGUGUGCCCAGGUGA